AUGGAUAUCUUCGGGACCACAGUAACUGUUAUCCAUGAGAUCUACACUAUCACGGUCUUUAUCAAAGGUGUGGUGGACGAUGUGAGGUCGUACGGACCUGAAACUGUGCAGAUCCGACAAAAGCUUGCACAUGAGUUUGUCUAUGUCGAUUUGUUCCAGUCGAAUUUCUUCGACGACGCUGCUAAUGCCGAAGCUUACAAAAAGCAGUCCAAAAUGCUUCAAGCAGACGUCAAGUCGAUUCUCGAUAAUCUCAAGAGGGUUUUAGCCGAGUAUGCGAUCGAAGCUGCUAAACAUGGCAUUUUGGCUGAUGAUGGUGAUCCGGUAGUGGGGCAAGCGGUAACCCAACCUCCACCGAGCAAAAAGAUCAGGGUAAAGGAUCGGGUUCGGAAGUUUGUUGAUGGUGCUCGUGAAGAUGCCAAAGAGCUCAACAAAAAGACAUUAUGGUCUUUAUUUGAUAAAGAGAAGAUCCUCCAGAUGCUGACAGAGUAUAGCGAGUGGACAAACCGCCUACGACAGUGCUCCGCCCUAAUGACGGAGAGAAUACUUCUGAAAGGGUUAACGAGCUUUGCUGAGUUUGCAGACACACAAAAUGCCAGAGACUUGGGGCUGCAAGACGUUGCAAAACGACGUUCGCUCGUCAAUGUCAUCCCGCCGGCAACUUUCACACCAUUGAGCGGCUUUAUCAUGCCGCGGUCUGAGCGAAUAGUAGCUUCCAAUGUUGUGAUCGUCAAGUUCCAUGCGGACGAUAUGCCUGAGCCGAGAGAAGUCGUGCUCGAACACUGUACAUACAGUAUUGCACUAUUGCAGGCAAUUCAAUCAAAGAAAGACGCCACAGCGAUCGCAGAGCUCAAAAUUCCUUACAGAAAAUUGGCUUGGACGCUCAACCAGUCUCCAUUUGCAGAAGAGACUGACAGUGACGACAUAUUGACGGCGACAAAUCCUUCGCUUCUCACACUGCGAUGUAUCGGCUAUAUUGACCAGCCUGAAAAGGAGCAAGUGUCUUUCCUGUACGAACUACCCAACCUGGGGAUCAUGCAAGAACAGCUUUCAGUCAAGACUCUUCAUGGCCUCAUUAGGGGAUCGAAACCGCCUGAGUCGGGCUCAGACACAUUUUUCCUAGACAUAUGGGAGGAUUGUUGGUCUAGAAUUGACCAGAAACCCAGUUCCGGGGGCAAGCGUAAGCAGUCUCUCCGGAACCGGUUUUUCCUGGCCUAUGCCUUGGCCAUGACGGUGCUGAACAUUCACAGUUCUGGCUGGGUGCAUAAGGAUCUGUGGAGCCACGGCAUCAUCAUCAUUCCUUCCAGCAGGCCGUCCAAACAGUCAGGUUCCACCUAUUUGAUUCCUUACGUGGCUGGAUGGGGUGUUGCUCGCCCGACAGCUGCAAAGGAGACGGACUUGAGGCCCGACUACAGCAUCGAGGCGAAUUUAUACCGUCAUCCCAAUCGACAGCAGCAGCCCUCCAAGAAGUAUACAUUGAUUCACGACCUCUACUCACUCGGUGUCCUGCUGAUGGAGAUUGGGGUGUGGGAUACUGUCGACAAUAUGUUCCAAAGCCAGAUUAAGUGGGCAAAGAAGCAAAACAGUCCACCCAAAGUCGACCUGGUACGACUGGAAUGGAGGAGGUUCGUGAAAACUGAAGUCGAACGCCAAAUGGGCGAAGUAUACGCUCGGGCUGUCGGAUGCUGCUUGCUGAGUGAUUUUGGUGUGGACAAGGAUGAUGACGCUGAAACCAAUCUUGCUGUCAGUUUUAAGAACCUUGUGGUGGACGCUAUCAAACCAGGUAUUACUCUUUAG